UAUCAUUAAUUUAUAUUUAUUAAAUUUAGUUAAUAAAAUGAUAUUAUAACGUCAUAAAAAUUAUUUAGUAAAAAAUUUCUGAAAACAGACGACAUUUAGCUUCAUAGAGUUACGCAGUUCGAUGUUUUGAUUUGCAAAGGAGACGGCUUUUCAAUUUCUUAAUGGAUUCUUGUUUUAUUCGUAAAGAAGAGAUGGUAAUGAAGCAGAGUUUCAUCUUUAAAGACUCGAAAAUCUUAGAUAAUAUGGUGCCAAAGUUCAUCCUUUGUCCUUGGUUGGGAUAUUUGUUGUAUGAAGAAUGGCUGAUGUUUUUAUAAAGAAAGAGUUUUUGAAGAAAAAUGGAUAUUGAAUUUGAACUUAUACCUGGACGUAAGAUAGGUAAAAAUCAUCCUUGUUUUAUAAUAGCUGAGAUUGGACAGAAUCAUCAAGGAGAUAUUAAUAUUGCUAAAAGAAUGAUUAUUGAAGCAAAGGAAAUAGGUGCAGACUGUGUAAAAUUUCAAAAGACAGAUUUACCAUCAAGAUUCAAUAAAGCAGCUCUUGAAAGACCAUAUGUAUCGUUAAAUUCUUGGGGAAAGACUUAUGGAGAACACCGAAAGCAUCUGGAAUUUAGUGAAGAUCAAUUUUAUGAAUUAUAUCAAUUUGCACAACAAAAAGAUAUUUCAUUUUCAUCAUCUGGAAUGGAUAAGAAAUCUGUCGAUUUUCUUCAUAAACUUGGUAUUCCAUUUUUUAAAGUUGGUUCAGGUGAUUCAAACAAUUUCCCUCAGUUGAUUCAUACUGCUAAAUUUACAAAACCCAUGGUCAUAUCUACUGGAAUGCAAAACAUGGAGACAGUUAAAAAAGUCUAUGAUUUACUUAUGCCAAUUAAUAAACGUUUGUGCUUUCUGUUAUGUACCAGUUCGUAUCCUGCACCACCCAAAGACAUACACCUAAAUGUUUUGAAAACUUAUAAAAGUGAGUUACCAGGAGCAAUAAUUGGAUAUUCAGGACAUGAAGUAGGACAAGAAAUUACAAUUGCAGCAGUUGCUCUUGGUGCUAAGGUAGUCGAAAGACAUCUAACAUUAAAUAGAACAUGGAAAGGAAGUGAUCACGUGGCUUCGUUAGAACCGCAAGAAUUCAAACAGUUGGUGAGACAGAUCAGAAAUGUAGAACUUGCUCUCGGAACAACAGAAAAAGUAUUAAGAGAUUCAGAAAUUCCUUGUUAUGAAAAGACCUCUUCCGAAGAACUGGUGGGUGCACCAGCCACAGAUCCAGAUGUCUGUCACAGGGGGAGAGAUAAAAAAAAGCUCGGAAAAACCAUAGUGGCUGCCAAAUUUAUUCCUGCGGGAACGGUUUUGACAGAAGACAUGCUGGACGUCAAAGUGGCGGAACCGAAGGGACGGAGGGCGGAAGAGUUAUCCGAAUUAAUAGGAAGAACAGCGAAGCACGACGUAUCUUACGACCACAGCAUCACGGACGACGUUGUUGACUGACGGACUCACUCACCUAUCUCACUAUGCCAAUCUCA